AUGGUGGGAAUUAUGGUCGCUAGUUAUUGCCAAGAACGUACCUCAAAGCGAAAAUUACUACGUGCAAUGUUUUUGGGGGGGUUGCGGGAUGAACUGAAAGAGACGUUGAAGCUAUUGGAACCAGAAACCAUAGACAGAGCCAUUAGAUUAGCAAAAAAUAAAGAUGAAUUCUUACCUUCUUUACACAAAUAUGUGAAGCAUUCGGGAAAGACGACAGGAGACUCAAUCAAAGCUAAUCUUCCGAAACCAGCCUGGUUAGACAACAAAGGAAAUAAAUCUAGUCAAGAUCAAUCCACAAGAACAAUAAAUUGGGCGUUAAUUAAAGAAAAGAAACAAAAGGGUUUAUGUUUCAAAUGUGAUAAAAAAUAUACUCGAGGCCAUGUAUGCACGAAUCAUAGUCAAAUGUUUGUGAUAGAAGGUCUUGAUGAUGAACUAGAAGAAAAACUAAGGAAUGAGGAAGUUUCAGAUGAAGAAGUGGUUGCAGAAGAAGGAGAGUUAUCAGUACAAACUCUAAAUGGAACAACUAACAACUCUACACUCAAGAUUCUGGGACAACUCAAGAAGAGAAAGAUCUCAAUUCUAAUCGACAGUGGCAGUACACACUCAUUUAUUGAUGAAGGCACGGCUAGACAAUUGGGUUGUGAUCUCAAGGAGACAAAUCCACUAACAGUCACUAUUGCAGAUGGGGGAAUUCUACAUAGUCGACAUAGUAUUCCUAACUUAACUUGGAAGAUGCAGGAUUAUGAGUUUUCACUCACUAUUAGAACACUCAAGUUGGGGGGUUGUGACAUGGUGUUAGGUGUUGAUUGGAUGAAGAAAUUUGGACCAGUCAGCCUAGACUAUAAUAAAAGGUGUAUGAAAGAAAAAGUAAACGGACUGAAAAUUCGACUAUACGGCACAACGGAAAAAGGGUCUUUCAGGCUUAUGAGCGGUGAGACGAUGGGUAAAAGUAUCAGGAAAGGGUUGGGAUGUUUUAUAGGACAAUUAUAUCACAUGGAGUAUCAAUCCGUAUUUGAAGAACCCAGCCAACUACCUCCCAUUCGAGCUACAAAUCAUGCAAUAAACCUCAAAGUUGGUGCUGUUCCCCCAAAUCAAAGGCCGUAUUGCUAUCCAUUUAUUCAAAAGGGAGAGAUUGAAGCUCUAGUGGCAGAAAUGAAAAAAUCAGGUUUUAUUAGAAGUAGUACCAGUUCCUUUGCUUCACCAGUAAUAUUAGUCAAAAAGAAAGAUGGAACUUGGCGAUUUUGUGUGGAUUAUAGACAAUUAAAUGAAAUUACUAUCAAGGACAAAUACUCCAUACCUGUAGUGGAUGAAUUACUGGAUGAACUCAAUGGAGCCACGGUGUUCACAAAGCUAGACCUGAGAGCAGGAUAUCAUCAGAUAAGAGUACGAGAAGAAGACAUACACAAAACAGCUUUUAGGACUCACUCGGGACUAUAUGAAUUCAGAGUUAUGCCAUUUGGUCUUUCCAAUGCACCUGCAACAUUUCAGGCAUUAAUGAAUGAUAUUUUUAGAGAAAAAUUGCGAAAAAAUGUACUGGUAUUUUUCGAUGAUAUCCUUAUUUACAGUACUAAUAUAGAGUUAUAUUUGGAACACCUUGAAGAAGUAUUAAAGAUUCUCACAGCAAAUAGCCUGCUCGUUAAACAGUCAAAAUGCUCGUUUGGACAAAAGAAAUUAGAUUAUUUGGGUCAUUUGAUUAGUGGAAACAGAGUGGAAGUUGAUCCACAGAAAAUAUCAUGUAUUCAAGACUGGCCAGUUCCAAAAAACAUAAAAGCUUUAAGAGGAUUUCUUGGGUUAGCGGGAUAUUAUCGGAGAUUCGUAUGCAAUUUUGGUGUUAUUGGAAAACCAUUACAUGGUUUGCUUAAAAAAGGAAUGUUCAAAUGGAGUGAUGAAGCAGAUAAGUCUUUCAAGGCGCUUAAACAAGCUUUAAUGACUACCCCUGUAUUAGCAUUACCAAAUUUUUCAGAAGAUCUUGAAGUUGAAACAGAUGCUAGUUAUUAUGGGAUUGGGGCAGUACUAAUGCAGAAAGGAAGGCCCAUUGCUUAUCUAAGUAAAGCCAUUUCUAAAACACAUUUGGGAUUUUCCACAUAUGAGAAAGAAUUGUUAGUUGUUCUUAUGGCAGUCACUAAAUGGAGACACUAUUUAUAUGGGAGAUAUUUCAUUAUUCGGACAGAUCAUCAGAGUCUUAAGUUUCUAAUGGAACAAAAAAUCACAACAGUAUUACAACAGAGGUGGUUGUCCAAACUUCUCGGAUUUAAUUAUUCUAUUAUCUAUAAAAGAGGAAAAACAAACAUGGCUGCUGAUGCACUAUCUAGGAGAGAAUCUGCAGAAUUGACAAUGAUUUCCACAGUCACUUCAGAGCUACUAAAAGUUAUUGGAGUAAACUCAUUGCUAAGUACUGUCUAUCAUCCGGAGACAGAUGGACAAACAGAAAGGGUGAACCAAUGUUUAGAAGCUUACCUAAGGUGUAUGAGCGGAUAUAAACCUAAAUUCUGGAGCAGGUGGUUAGCAUUGGCUGAGUGGUGGUAUAAUACAUCUUUUCAUUCAUCGUUGAAAGUGACUCCUUAUCAAGCAUUAUAUGGAGUUGCUCCGAUACCUUUGCCAAUGGGAAAUAUGGUGAAGACAUCAGUAGGAGCAGUGGAAGAUUUCCUGAAGGAAAGAGUUCAAAUGAGUCAAGUGAUGAAAGAUAAUUUAGUUGUGGAACAAAACAGAAUGAAGCAGUAUGCGGAUCGCAAAAGACAAGACAGAACAUUUGCUGUGGGAGAUUGGGUAUUUCUGAAAUUGGCCAAGCUAGGAGAACUUCAAGGGGUACAAACGGCGUUACCUUCCACCGGAGAAGCUGGAGAGAUACAAUUACAACCAGAAGCUGUAUUAGAAAGAAGAUUGAUUAAAAGAAGAAAUCACCUCGUAGCACAAGCUUUGAUUCAGUGGACUCAUACCGCGAUAGAAGAUUCAACUUGGGAAGACUGGACGUUCUUCCGAUCCCAGUUUCCAUAG